UGAUGCUUGUGCAUGAAGAAAUUGAAUAAAAUGAAUCUGCUGAGUUGAAAUAGUUGACAUAUGACGAAGCACUAACUCAAGUUGGAGGUGCUGGUUUAUAUUAAAAAAGAGCAUUUUUAAUAUUUGGCUUAUAGUGGAUGAUUACUAAGUAUUUUACAGAAUUCCAUAUUUUAGUUGGAUACUUUUUUCACCAGUUUUCUUUUUUAUAGUACCUACCGUUGAUUGUAAGAAUAAUGCAGAAUGUUUAAGUUAAUGUACAUCUGAAUCUUUAGAUGAUAAGUGUCUAACCUAUGUUUGUGUAUAUUAUUUUGAUGAAUGUAGGACGAUUCAUAACGUAGAGAAUUUGUUGUUGGAGAAUCAUUAAAUACAGCUUUUAACGCUUUGUUACCUUGUAAUAAAUCUUUGCAAUCUAUAAUUAAAUCUAUUGUUUAUAUUGGAUCUUUGUCUGGAUUUUUUUUAUUUUCAUUUAUUGCUGAUAAUUAUGGUCGUAAAUUAGCUUUAUCUAUUUCUUGGGGCAUGACUACAAUUGGAUCACUCUUACUAGCAGUAUAUUAUUAAAUUUUAUAUAAGUUUGCCAUAAAUUAUUCAAUGAUAGCUAUAGGAAUAUUUUUUUUAGGUUUUGGAGGUAACCCAGCAAUUACAGUACAUUAUUCAUUUAUUAAUGAACAUUCAUGUAAAUUAUUAAAUAUAUAAUAUAAAGAGGGUCAUUUUAGAGAGAUCUAGAAUGUUGGAGUAUAAGUAUUUUUUGCCCUUGGUGAAUUCACAAUAAUAACUUUAGCAUAUUUUAUCACUAAGUGGAGAUGGUUAGCAAUUUCAGUUGCAUUGCCUACUAUUCUAUUAAAUUUUUGUAAUUUUUUGAUUUUUGAAUCUCCUCAAUUUUUAUACUCAAAAAAUAAGAAGAAAUGUGUCAAAGUUCUUAAUUAGAUAGCCAAAAUAAAUGGUACACAACCUCUAAGAAUAAAUGAAUUAGCUUCUAAUCCAUAAAGUAAAGAGAAUAACUCUAGAGUUUAUACAAUCUGGGAUUUAUUGAAAUAUAAAUCUUUAAGAUAUGUAUUUAUUGCUGGAGUGAUGAUGUUUUUUGCUAUUUAAGUUACAUAUUAUGGAAUUAGUUUUGUUAGUGAUUAAUUAGGCCUAGAUUUCUUUCUAAGCAAUUUCAUUAUUGCUUUCUUUGAACUAUUAGCUUAUGCUACAACAGGUAUCAUAUGUUCUUAUAUUCAGAUUUUUUUAUUACAAAAUUAAAUAGAAAGAAGAAUAUUAUAGGUGGUUUUUUUAUUGUAGGAAUUAUGAGUCUCUAUUUCAUUUUCAAAAGUGAUCAUAUUGUAUUUAGAAUCUUUUAAGGAGUAUUGGCAGGAGUACAAUUUUAAUAUCAAAAACUUAGUUAAUGAGAUUUCUAAUCUGUUUUGUUUGGGCAUUGGCAUAUGUUUAUGUUUCUGAAUUGUUUCCCUCUGUAGUUAGAUCUUUAGCUUUAUGUUUGAUAUCAGCUGGUGGUUCAAUUGGUAGCAUAGCUCAAGCAUUUUUAAUAAAUGUUUGUGCUUCUAUAAAUAUUCAUCCUAUGGUUGCAUUUGGAUUAAUUGGAUUUUUGUGUUCUUUGCUUCUGUUUCCACUUAGAGAGACUUUACAUCAACCUUUAUUGGAAAAGAUAGAAGAGGAUGAGAAAAGAAUUAAAAAGAGUAUGCUACAUGUAAAUGAAUCAGAGGAAAUCACAACAUCUAUUCCUGUUCUUGGUAAUAAAGAAUAAUGA